GGAGCAGGUUGCCAUAGUUACGGCUCCUCCCGCCGCGCACGGCUAUGACGUCAUUCCCAGUGGCCCUGUGCGCCUUGUCCUUUCCGGAGGCUGAGCGGCUGGGAUCGGCCUCCGAUCGGGAAGGCGGAACUCCCUUCUGGGUGAAGGCAGGGGGUCUUGUUGCUCUGGGUGGCGGGCGCGGCUGUGGUUUGCUGGGCGUCAGGCAGCGAUGGAGGGCAAUAGGCGAAACGGCGAGAGCAGGCGGUGUUGGAAAUGGAGGUCUUUGUGGUGGGGGCGAGGACAACAGGGCUCAGCAUUUAUAGGGCGUUUUGAAAGGUCCAUAACGACGGGCGCAUAUAGAAACCCUUCUGAAACCCAGAAAGAUACGUUUUCGUCCAUCCUCCCAGUGGGGUGGGUAGGAGGGAGCCUGAACCUCGGCUGCCUAAGGCUAGUUUGUUUAUUUUCCAGAGGGGUAGCCAUGUUACUCUGUAGCAGCAAAAGCGAAAAGGCAUCUUGAAGGCAAGUAACUUUACGGAGGUGCGAGUCAGAGCCAUGACUCCACCUCAAAGGGAAGGGGGAGCCAGGAUUGUUGCCGAUUCUGUGAUUAAUCACCAUGCUUUUAUAUUGCAUGUGUCUAAGCUUGACAUAAUAGAACACUUGUUUUAAUACAGUAAUUGUAAGUUAUUGUAUUAUUAUUUUAGAAAUACUUUGGAGAACUGAAUCGCUGUUACGGGUUCUAGGUGAGUUUGGUCUAAACUGCAUUGUCUUAAAGUGCUUUCUUAAAGUCUCUUCUAUGGGAGUGGCAGUCACUGGGUUAUAUAGAAGAUAAUGGAGCGGGCCUAAACCUAACUCUUUGUUUCCUAACCCACAUCACAGCUUAUUAAUUUGUCCCAUAGAAGGCAAUAUGAGAUACUGAGAUGAAUAGCUACCUCUGGUUAAUGGGUUAUGAAACCUGGCCCUCAACUGAUGUGGGUGAGAGGCAAAUGGGAUAUAGGACUUGGGAGCUAAUUUACGCUGAAGAAGUUUCCUUGUUUAGGGGAAGGAUGGGAAAUCCACAGCCCUCCCAGUGUUGUUGAACUACCAACUUCCAUAAUCUCUGACCAUUGGUCAUGCUGGCUGGGGCUGAUAUGAGUGGGAGUGCCAACAUCUGGAGGGCUGCUGGUUUUCCAUUUCUGGCUUAGGAAACAGUGACAUAUGCAGGUUUGACAUUGGCCAUGGCUAUUGAGCUUUGCCGUAACUGGACAAACUAGAAUUGAGCCACAUAAAAACACUCAACACUUUGCUGUGUAUUGCAGGAAAAACUAAAGCAGUGAUGAUAAAGUUGUAUUUCUGGGAAGCUACUGAUAAGUUUCCGUAGAAUCCGGGUGUUCCCUGAAAGGCAGCCUGAAACCCAUCACAUUACAUAGCUCAGCUGGUUAGAGCGUGGUGCUGAUAACACCAAGGUUGCAGGUUCAAGCUCCAUAUGGGACAGCUGCAUAUUCCUGCAUUGCAAUGGGGUUGGACUAGAUGAUCCUCAGGAUCCCAACUAUGAUUGUGUGGCAUAAUGCUUUAGUGCAGGCAUAGGCAAACUCGGCCCUCCAGAUGUUUUGCGCCUACAAGUCCCAUCAUCCCUGACCACCGGUCCUGCUAGCUAGGGAUCAUGGGAGUUGUAGGCCAAAAACAUCUGGAGGGCCAAGUUUGCCUAUGCCUGCUUUAGUGUAUAGUAUGAGAUGUGAAAUGUGGUGAUGGCUCUAAAGUUGACUAUAAUGGACUUUCUUAGGUCAGUCUGUUCUGUCUUAGAGUGCUUAUUUCUCUUACCUUCCUGCAAUCUCUUUGUAGGAUAUGCUUCUUUCUCAGACAAAUAUACAACUUUAAAUAAUAGUAUUGUUGCGGAGAUUUAAGUCCCAUGUUUUCCCUUCAGAUCCUAGUGCAUGGCCUUGGAGCCAGUGGUUACACAGAUAAUGGGUCCAGAGAGGAUCUGUCCAAAUGAGCACGAAGAGCUGGGGCUGCAAGAGACACCUGAUGGAACCCCUGAACCUGCUGGGGAGUGGAGUAGUGAAGAACCUGAAGAGGAGGAGGAAGAUGGUAGUAAUGGCUACUUGUACCAGCCACUGAAUCAAGAUCCAGAUCAGGGACUAGCAGCAGCUGAAGAAACGGAACCCAGCACAGAGCCAACGCCCGAUAUCAAUGAGCGACUUCAGGUAUCACAGUUUUGUUUCAAGUAUGUGUCCUGGGGUUCCUCAAGGUGGGGCCACAGAUUCUUGCAUGCGCAUGCCUUUGUGCUGUGCUUAAUGCUUGUAAUGGCUUUAUGCACUGCAUGCAGGCAAUGAGACUGCAUCUGCCUGACCCACCUGUGGACAGCGAUGAGGAGGAGGGAUCUGCAGCUCAAAACUCUCGCAGCUCUAUCCCUAUGGAUCCAGGUAACAUAAUAUUGAAGCAGCUUUAUUUAUUUUAGUCUUUAUAGUCUCCAGAGAGAAUUGCCAGCCUUAGAACUUUGGUGUCUGUAAGUCCUGCCACAUUCAGCCCAUGUUAUAUUUUCCCAUUCUGCGUUUUUUAAGGCUUGUGAUUAUCUAGUUUAUUCUCUAGAUAUUCUCUAGGUCUCUAAUGUUCCAUAACCUCUAAAUCACAUUUCUAUCCUGCCAUUCCUACAUAGAAUUGUAGAGUUGGAAAGGAUCCCAAAGGUCUUCUAGUCUAACCCCCUGCAAUGCAGGAAUCACAAAUAAAGAAUCCCUGACAGAUGGCCACCUGACCUCUGCUUAAAAACUUCCAUUGAAAGAGUCCACCACCUGCCAAGGUAGUUGGUUCCACUGUUGAACAGCUCUUACAGUCUUGAAGUUAUUUCUAUUUAGUUGGCAUCUCCUUUCUUGUACCUUUAAUCCAUUGGCUCAGGUCCUAGCUUCUAGAACAGCAGAAAACAAGCAUGCUCCCUCCUCUGUGUGACAGCCCUUCAGAUAUCUGAAGAUGGCUACUGUAUCACGUCUCAGUCUUCGCUUUUCCAGGCUAAGCAUACCCAACCCUUAACUCCUUCUUAAAUCUGGUGCCCAGAACUGGACACAGUACUCCCAAGUGGGAUCUGACCAAGGCACAAUAGAGUGGUCCUGUUACUUCCCUUGAUCUGGACACUAUACUUCUGUUGAUGCAGCCUAGAAUAGUGUUAGCUUUUUUUUUGCUGCUGCUGCAUCACGCUGUUGACUCACAGUAAGCUUGUGAUCUACUAGGACCCCUAGAUCCUUUUCACAUGCACUGCUGUGUCAAGCCAGGUGCCGCUGAUCCUGUAUUUGCACAUCUGAUUAUUCCUAAGUGUAGAAGCUUACAUACAUCCAUACUGAAAUUCAUUUUGCUAGUUCCUGUUGAACUGCUUGUCAUGAUUUUUGGUCCUGUUCUCCAAUCAGUUAAGAUCCUCUUGAAUCCCGAUUCUGUCUUCUGAGGCAUUACAUGCUCUUCUCAGUUUGGUGUCAUGUACAACUUUGAAGAGCUUCUCCUCUAUUCCUUCAUCAAAGUCAUUUAUAAACAUGUUGAACAACACCAGGCCCGGGACAAAAUCUUGCAGCACACCACUUACCACUUUUUUCCAGGAUGACAAGGAACCAUUGGUGAGCACCCUCUGGCCUUGGUCAGCCAACUAUCUACCAAUCCACCUUACAAUAGCAUCAUGUAGCCCACAUAAAGUGCAAGGUAGCAGAAGGGUUAUUUCACCUGUGUUCAUGAUCCCUUUUUAUGAUUAAGUUCUAUAUAAAGGCCACACAUAACUACCCUCUCAACCUAAUCUACUUUACAGGGCUACUGGGUCUAAAUCUGGCUUCUCCUUGCUCAAGUCCAAACAUACAGUGUCCUCUAGCUUUCAUGGCAUUUCUCUCUCCAUUCUUGCCAUUCAGUUUUAGCACUUGUCUGAUACUAGUGCAUAGCUGUCAACGCUUCCCUUUUUUAAAGGGAAAUUCCCUUAUUCCGAAUAGGAUUCCUCGCAAGAAAAGGGAAAGGUUGACAGCUAUGUACUAGUGUCUUAUUGGCUGCACAGUUUUGCCUGGUAACUCUGUUUGUGGGUUGGCUAAUUGCUAUGGUGGUCUCUCUUGUUCAUAAGAUUUGUGGGGCAGCAAUCGUUUUUGGCUAACCAGUCCCUAGUUCAAGCUUACCAUGGGCCCAUAAAUGCGUCCCUCACUCCCCCUCCCCAAGUAAACCUGAGCCUUCAUCCUGGGUUGCUUGCUACCUUGGAUGAGCUGCCCUUUAUCUAUUCACAGACUGAGUACUGCAUGAAUAUGGAAAUCCUUGGAAAGGAAUUGUGUUGAGUCUAGGGGGUGUGGUGUUGGCGGCUGGUUUCCUUUUGUGCUGCCCCUCUCAUCCCUCGGCUGUCUUUGACUCUAGAACACGUGGAGCUGGUGAAAAGGACUAUGGCCGGAAUCAAGCUCCCCACGCUUGGAAUCCCUGCGUGGGCCAACGAAAUCUCGGAUGACCAGUGGCAGGAUAUGGUGCAGCGAACCCUGCAAGCCCGCCAGAGCCAGAGCAGCCCCAAGCCAGAAUGGAAGUGAAGGCCGGCUCUUCUGCAUCCUUGCCUCCAGCCGAAAGAGCUAAACAGAAGUGCUGCACUUUAAACCAUUGUCUCUGAACUGCUUGGGUUAGAUAUUUAUCUUUCACCAGCAUUGAAACUCUGUGUUCACCUUGUCGCAUUGAAAAUAUGGCCUAAUUCAUAAGGGUUUUUUUUUGUUUUUGUAACGCCCAGUCAUAGCUACUUGAGUGGUGGUGCUAGUGAUAUCAGGCUGUUUUCCUAAGCUUGGGGAGGGAGAAGCCUCUAAGAGAAAUGACCGUCUCAUGAAAUCGCCCUUCGACAUGCAUGAUUCUAGCCCUGCUGUUUAGUCUCUCCCCCACCAGCCCCACCCCCCUUUUCCAAGUGACACACAGGCUAAAGAGCUAAACAUGGCCAUGAGGUGGAGUCCAGCGUGUCAUCUUUUCAAGAGAUCCAUUUUAUUUAGUUCUGUACAUACAGGGACAUCUGUACAAAAUCCAACACUGUCAUACUAUGUAAUACUCUACUGAAAAUAAAGUACACCAUAUGUACAUAAUGAACUGUAAAGCAGCUUAAUACUUGUGUCCAGAGAGUGAAUGCAUCACUUAAGUUUUGCUUGCGCCCCCCACUCCCUUUGAGAAGGGGCUAUGUAAGAAGUGAAAGAGGCAGCUCCAACCCUGUCCAUGUAAAAAGUAGGGAAAGUAUACAAGCAAAGUGGGAGAAACACAAGGGAAUCUUUUUUUUUAAAAGUAGAGCUGGAUUAAAGUGAAUAGUGACCUGAAGCCGUGUGCUUGAGGUGCUCGUUUUGGCUGGAAGGCGUUAGUUCUUUCGCCCCCUUUCUCACACAGCUUCUCCCAUCCCCGUGAAGAUACAUAGGACACUGGAAUGAAUUGGCAGCAAACUAAACUUUAAUGUUAGGUACCAAACACAAGUUCCCUGACCCCAAACAAAGAUUAGACAGAGGCUAUAUUUACAUCUAAGUCAUACAGCACAUGAUGCUCAAUUGCAGCCCUGCUCCACCAUUGCAAAACUCCAGCAGGCAGAGAAGGGCUGUGUUGUGUAUGGGGCUAGGUGGGGGGAUGUGCCCUAUAGUUCUCGUCUGCAGAGCCCAGCCUUGGGUGGGGGUGGGGGGCACAAAUUGACUGAAUUGCACUUUGCUUUAGAAGAGUUCCAAGUCAAUAUCGUCCCUCCAGCAGCUACACCUGAAGCCCAGUGGCCACUCAGUUCAUUCUGGUUCCUAUUCAAUUCUACCACUGAAAAGACAGGCAAAUAUAUUAAAUCAAAACUCCCCCUUUCCUUUUGUGUCAUGGUUUUCUGCUUCCCUCUUGCUGCUUCAGUUGGCACACGGCAAGAGGUUUAAGCAGAUCUCACUCAAAGAAGGGCUUUAGUGUUCAGAGAAACUGUUCACCAGUCAGCCAGAGCAUCUUCAACGGGUAUUGAAAAUAUUUUGGCAGCAGACAGUGGAGGAGCUAUGAUUGAUUGAUGAGCUGGAUGUCAGAGUACUAAUAGCCUGUGCCUCACCUUCCUUUCCAAACUAAUUGGCAAAUUCAGAAAAGCAACAGUGCAGAUCAGUUACCAGUACAGGAAAGUGGGUACCUUUAGUGAGAUGCAGGCAGAUCUAUGAAACUGGGCUUUAGGGAACUUGGAACAAAAUUAAUCUAGGUACAGAAGAAAUAGGGAGAAACACAACAGAAGUGAAGUAGGUGUGUAGAUAAUGCAAUACAGCGUAUGAAGAUUUAAAGUGUGAUGUAGACUGGAGAAAGAGGCUUGCAGUCUGAACCUCCCACACCCCACGGUUGCCUCACUGCUUUCAAUGGGAUUUACUUCUGAGUGAGUGUACUUGGAUUUACAGCCUUAAAUUAAUUGUAGAAGACUGGAACCUAGAAUCUGAGGUGGGGAAACGCAAGUCAGAAUUCAUAAAAGAGAAGGUUGACGUGGAAUUGAUUAGGAAUGAGGGACCUCCCCUUUUGUGACCUUCCAUGAUUCUGAAAUUCAAUCAGCAAUCUGUAAACAAUGGCAGCAUAUGAAGCUAAUUCAAGUUUAAUAAGGAGUUGGUCAGGAAACUACCUAGCUACCUCAAAUGAGUUCAAGGCUUCAGGGCAUAUAGAUCACAUCGUAGAGUACUAAAGGAAGUCACUAGUUUACUUGCAGAAGCACUAAUUGAAAAAACCCUGGAGAAUGGUUGUGAGGCAUCACAGGACUGGAGACAAGCAACUGUUGCUCCACUUUGCAAAAAGAAAUAUCUAGGAAAUCAUAGACUGGUCAGUCUGACUAUGAUACUAGAACAAAUUAUGUAUAUAUACAAUCUUGAUAACAAUUAGUUGAAGUCAUAAUGGAUUUGUCAAGAAUCUCAGACUUUUUUGAUCAGGUCGUUAGCUUGGAGUGUGGGAAUGCUCUGGAUGUAAUUUAUUACAGCUAAGCAUUUGGCAAAGUCUUUUUAACAUUUUUGUUGGUGAACUGGUUAAAUAUAGGCUAGAUGAGAAGUAAUAGUUCCAUUUUACUCUACACUAGUCAGACCACAUCUGGAGUAAUGCGUCCAGUUCUGGGUGCCCCAACUUUGAGGGAGACCACUUAAUGGUUUUUCUCUGCCUGUUGUAACCUGCUGUGCUUGAUGCUGUAUGGUUUUUACUUGUAUUUUUAUUGCUUCUUUUAUUUCUCAUACUGUACUACAAUUUGAAUUGUAUAGAAUUCUAUGGAAUUCAAAUUGUAACUGUUCUUCAAACACAUUUCCUGGACCACCGGUGGUCCAUGGAACCCCUGAUACAGACAACUGGAUUUAGCGGAGGCCAACAAACAUGGUCAACUACAGAAAACAAGUCUCAUAGGGAUACAUUAAAGUAACAGGGGAUGUUACAGCUGCAGAAGAGAAGACUGAAGGCGGACAUGCUAGCGCUUGAAAUACCUGAAAAGCUAUCACAAAGAAGGCAACCAUUUGUCCUUUUCUGCCCCUAGAGGGGAGGGCAAGAGUAGAUCUUAUGGCCUUAAAUUACAGGAGGAUAUAUUUUGGUUCACUAAUAGGAGAAAAUUUUUGAAGGUAAGAGCAAUUUGACAAUGGAACCAAUUACCUAGAGGCAUGGAAGGCUGUAACUUACAGGAACUCCACAAGGGGAUGUUGGAUGGCCACCUCUAGCACACUAUAGCUCUGGAUUGCUUGCACUGAGCAGGAGAUUUGAGUCAGUGGCUCACAAGCUAAAACCUAUAGCUUACAGGAAAUGGGGUAAUCCUCUCUGGCUACCACCCUAAAAUGAGCCUUUCCUAUCUCUUGCUCCGAGAUUUUCCAAGAUGAGGCCCAUGGAACUAGAACGGCUGAAAUGAACUUGAGCACACUGUGGCUUAGUCCCUG